AUGUCCCAUUCGCCUUCAGAGUCGAAGCUGCCUGAGCCUCCUAGGCAACAGCUGCGGCUCCCACACCUGGAUGGCGCUCGAGUGCUGGUGGCCCUCUGGAUAGUAUGCCACCACAUGGCGCCUCGAGAUGAUCCAGAGUCUGUCUUGGACCCCCUGACCGAGCGCGUGGACGUGGGCGUCGAGUUCUUCACACUCCUCAGCGGCUUCCUGACGCACCUCACGUACUCUGGGGAGGACCUGCUGUCGACGGCAGGCUCGCUGGUGCACUUCUGGGCGCGGCGUGCCGGGCGCGCGGUGGCCGUGGCGCAGCUGGCCAUGCUGGCCGCCGCGGCGCUGGACGGCCUCGCGGGCAUCCCGGUGCUGUCGUGGCGGCUGCUCGGCUGCUUGUGCUUCGCGCGGCCGUGGUUCAGCCCGGCCCCGGACUGCCCGAACAUGCCGGUGUGGUACUUGGCGGCGCUGCUACCAUCGUGGAUGCUAUACCCCUUCGUGCUGCAGCCCGUGCUCUGCGCCGCGGCGCACUGGCGGCCGUGGCGCCUGGGCCUCCUGCUGCUCGCGGCCUGGGCGGCCGCAAUCGGGCCCCAGCUCGCCGUGAUCGCCUGGAACGGGGGGUGGAUGAGCUGGAACCAGGUGGUGCGCACGUGGUUCUGGCCGCCGGCGCAGCUGGCCGACUUCGCGCUGGGAGCCACGGCAGCCGCGGUGCGGCUCCGGUGGCCGCCGCCCCCCGCCAGCGGCCCAGCGGGCGACGCGGCCGUGGCAGCGCUGCUGCUCGCGUGCCUGCUGGCCCCUCCCGCGGCGGAGCCGCCGCCGGACUUCCAGCAGUGGCGAAGCGUCCUGGCUCGCCUAGAGUUAUGA